CCUGGACAUUGUAGCAGAAUGCCUCAAGUGAGAUCCCUCCUGGAAAACAUCUUUCCCCAGCCCCCUACAGGCGGGAUUUACGUGGCUUAUAGAAGAGAUGAAAUGUGGUCUGAGGGACGAUAUGACUAUGAAAGACUUCCAAGAGAACGAGUACCUGCUCGAAGUCACCGCAGUGAUGGCUACCAUAGAGUAGUUAAUGUUGUGCAGAAACCACCACUGCUAGACAGAGCUGGGGAAGGAAGCUGCAAUAGAUAUGACAGUCAUGUUGAUUACCGAGAAUAUGACGAGGGCCGCGGUUUUUCCCAUGAUCGAAGAAGUGGUCCAUCUCACAGAGGAGAUGAAUCUGGUUAUAGAUGGGCAAGAGAUGAUUAUUCUGCAAGCCGACAGCCUGAAUACAGGGAUGUGAGAGAUGGCUUUAGAAGAGAAAGCUUCUACUCCCAUUAUGUGAGAGACCGGUCUCCUCAUAAAAGGGAUAAUCCGCUUUUCAGAGAAUCACCUGUAGGCCGAAAGGAUUCUCCACACAGCAGAUCCGGCUCCAGUGUCAGUAGUAGAAGCUACUCUCCAGAAAGAAGCAAACCGUACUCUUUCCAUCAGUCGCAAUAUAGAAAUAAAGAGAGGCCUGUACAGUCUUUGAAAACAUCAAGAGAUACUUCACCCUCAAGUUCUUCAGCAGUUCCAUCAGCAAAGGUGUUAGACAAACCCAGUAGGCUAACUGAAAAGGAACUUGCCGAGGCUGCAAGCAAGUGGGCUGCUGAAAAGCUAGAGAAAGCAGAUGAAAGUAACUUGCCUGAAAUUUCUGAGUUUGAGGCGGGAUCCACGGCACCAUUGUACAUUGACCAGCCAGAAGAACCUGAAUCAAAUGCAGCAGAUGGCAUAGAGUUAUUUGAAGACAGUCAGCUAACCAGUCGCUCUAAAGCAAUAGCAUCAAAAACCAAAGAGAUUGAACAGGUUUACCGACAAGACUGUGAAACUUUCGGGAUGGUGGUGAAAAUGCUGAUUGAAAAAGAUCCUUCAUUAGAAAAGUCUAUACAGUUUGCAUUGAGGCAGAAUUUACAUGAAAUAGGUGAGCGGUGUGUUGAGGAACUCAAGCAUUUUAUUGCAGAGUAUGAUACUUCUACUCAAGAUUUUGGAGAGCCUUUUUAGAUUUCUUGCUCAGGCAAAAAAAAAGUUGCUAGAUUUUUUUCCCUCCCGGAUUGCGUAAAUCCUUAAUAUAUGGAAUUUUUGUGAUGAAGAGAAAUAGUUUAUGAUAGUUGACCGCACUUCCAAUAUCAAAUAAACAUUUAAAAUAGUCUGUUUAAAAUAUUUUAAUUAGAUUUUUUUCUACAUGUAAAGCCUCCUAAUUCACAUGCAUCUUU